AUGCAACCUGUUUUUCAAAGAUUUGUUUACUACAAUACCUUGCCAUCAAAAAUUGAAUUGAAACACUCCUGCAUCUGUUUUCUAUUAGACUUAUGUGCUCCUGAUCUGGUCUUUACUCCUUCGCUGAACAUUUCUCAAGAAAAAGGAUUCUAUGAUCUUGUGGAUGAACUUGUGGAAGCCAUCUUUGCAGAAACAACUUAUAUCCCUCGCUUAGCAGACCAUACAGGCCAAGUGGAUUAUCUGCGGGAUUUGGAAUCAAUGGCAGAACUCAGUAAGAUGAGAAAUCUUCUAAUGGAAAAUGUGGAAAGUGUUAUGGCAAGAGCAUGCAGUUAUCGGGAUUCAUUUGACCAUUUUUCUUAUUUGUGGAAAGAAGACAGAGCAAAAUUUAUGGAAAAUUUUCUUCUCUACAAUCAUAUUCCCACCAAAGAAGAAUUUGAAGCUGGCAAUAUUCCAGAGAGUCCACCAACACUUGAACAAUUUAAAAACCAGAUUGACAAAUAUGAAGCGAUUUAUGAAGAAGCAGAAGCUAUUAGCAAAACUACUGUCUUUGACAAGUGGUUUCGUGUUGAUGUUCAACCAUUUAAGCAAGCCUUGCUCAACACCAUCAAAAAAUGGAGUUAUAUGCUCAAGCAACACCUUGUCAAUCAUGUGAUGAACAGUGUGACAGAACUGACAGAAUUUAUCCAAAUUGCCAAUGAAGGCUUAGCCAUAGUUGUAAAUGAAGGCGACUACGAUGCCUUGGUCGCUGUGAUGGGCCAUUUAAGAGCUAUCAAUCAGCGCCAGGUUGCUACUGACAACAUGUUUGAUCCUCUGAGGGAUACCAUUCAGCUUCUUAAAUCUUAUGAUCAGCCAAUACCACCUGAAAUCGAAGCAAAACUAGAGGAACUUCCAGAGAAAUGGAAUGACAUCAAGAAACAAGAGAUUGUGAAGAAGCAACAAGUGGCUCCACUCCAAGUUAAUGAAUUCAUAAACAUUCGUAAAAAACUGUCCUCUUUUGAUGCAACAUUGAUUACAUUCAGAAAAGCCUUCCUCAAAAUGCGAACCUAUUUUUAUGACUGCGAGAAUCCUUAUGAACUUUUGGAUAAGAAACACCAACAGAUUAUCCAGCUGGAGUCAGAAAUGAAGACACUUGUUGAUUCUGCUCUCUCAUUUGAUGAUUGGAAAACAACUUUUUGGUCAGACAUCAAUGUUGAACAAAUGGACAUGGACUGCAAAAGAUUUGCCAAGGAUAUUCGUCAACUGGAUAAAGACAUGCGAACAUGGGAUGCUUUUAUCAAUGCAGAGAUGACGGUCAAAAAUAUGAUCACCUCUCUUCAUGCUGUCUCUGAUUUGCAAAACACUGCUAUCCGUGAUCGUCACUGGCACCAACUGAUGCAAGCCACAAAUGUUCAACUCCAAAAUAUGCUUGCUUCUAAAUUUAUUGACUACUUUCUGAAGGAAGUAAGUGACUGGCAAAAGAAGUUGACUGUUGCUGAUCAAGUCAUUUCCAUUUGGAUGAAAGUACAGCGAACAUGGUCUCACUUGGAAAGUAUCUUUACUGAAUCAGAUGACAUUAAGGAACAGUUGCCAGAGGAUUCCCAAAGAUUUCAAAGAAUUGAUCAUGACUUUAAGAAAAUUGUCUCUGAAGUUGAAGUUACAAAAAAUGUUGUUGAAGCAACCGGUCAGCCAAAUUUAUAUAUAAUUGCAACCCCCUAUCCCCUAUAUCUAUACAAUAUGUAUUCCAAGACCCUCGGCAGAUGGCUCAAAACACUGUUAAUACUGAACCUAAUUUAUAAUAUCUAUCUUUCUUUAUGCUUUCCUGAAUUUGAAUGGAAUUCUUGCCCUCCAGAAAACUCUCUCUCACACUGUCUCUCCUCCAGUUUCUCUCUCACUCUCUCUUCACCCCCCAGUGCCUCACUCUCUCCACCAUCACCCCUCUCCCCCCCAUGCCUCACUAUCUCACACCACACCCCCUCUCUCUCUCCACCCCUCUCUGUGCCUCACUAUCUCGCACACACACACACACUCUCUCUCUCCCCCUGUGCCUCACUAUCUCGCACACACACACACACCCCCCCCCGUCCCUCACCCUCCCCCGUCCCCUGUCCCCCCCGUGCCUCACUGUCUCACACACACCCCCCCCUGGUGCCUCACUAUCUCGCUGUCUCCCUCCCCCCCAGUGCCUCACUAUCUCGCCCUCACCCAGGUGCCUCCUGUCCCACUGUGCCUCACUAUCUCCCACACACACACCCCCCCCCGUGCCUCACUGUCUCGCGCACACACACACUCCCCCCCCAUGCCUCACUGUCACGAACACGAACUCUCUGUCUCUCUCUCUCCUUCAGUGCCUCACUAUCUCACACACCCUGA